AUGACUUCGCACAAGGACACAUACUGGUUCGUUCCCAAAUGGCUAGGACAGACCAUUCAUUUCGAAAACCCUGAAUGUUCGUGGAAGAUAAUCCAGAAGCUCCAAGAACAUGAAUCUCGCUUUUCACAGGACGAAUAUGUCUUUUCAGGCCUGUACUCGGAAUCAACCAGUAUUUUCGUCUGCGAAGAAAUCAAGGGCUCAAUGCAGGCUAUCAUGGAAGUUCGAAUGCAGUGCGCCUACUCUAACACUCUAAUAAACAUGAACAUGGAUCUAUCUGACGUAUCAUAG